ACAUGAACAUAUUUGUUGAGCCAAUGAAAAAAUGUGAUUUCAAUCAACUUUUAGUUAUACUACAUGUGUCCACACUCUCUUUGCACAGUAGGGUUCAUACAGCUUUCCUAUAGGCUCCUGGCACCAUAUAUUUGCAUUUUAGGUGUGGCCUCUUCUUUACUUACCAUCUUUGUGUUGUCUGUUGCCCAAAGCUACUUAAACCUAUAGGCAUGUAUUAGUGUGAUAUAUAUGUGUUGAUUGCCAGGCCUCAGUGUUUGUAGGCUGCAAGAGCAAAUCACCUUUGUUGUGUGUUUCUAAUGUCACAGUAUGUUGACUUGGAGCUACAGAGUUCACUCUUGUGCAGUCACAGUAUUGUGUUGGUAGUUUUACGAAAAUAUGUUAAAUAUGUUGAGAAUACCUAUAUGUAACGGUGUACAAUAGUUAGCUUCUUUUAGUGAGUGAAAUUCCUGCUGAAUGGGUAUGGCGCCACCUGCUGCGGUCAGCGUGUAAUAGCUCAGAGACAUAUAUACACUAGACUCUGUGCACCCUCGUCAGUAGAGUGUGUGCACAUUGCUGUGGUGAGUACAGCUCUGCUUGGCUCAGCUAAAUAAAGCUGCUAAUAAUGCUGUUUAGUUUUAAUACUGCUUUAUGCUGAUAUUAUCUCUAAAUACAUGUCACAGAAACUAGUGGACCCAUUGGGCUAUCGUAAAAAGUGCUGUGAAUAAUUAUAAAUCUAAUUAUAAUCUGAGCUAGUAAUAUGCUAACACUAGCCUGUCUCUCUAGGUUGAAAGCUGACUGAAGCACAAGUAAAUGAUCUGUCCUGUGGCUGCCUUAUUCAUUACAGAACCACAUGAACAGGACAAACCAGUUCAGACUACAGGAUGACAGUCUCUGUCAGGAUACGCUUGUAAUGGCAGGAGGAUAGGAGGACAAAACACAUUAAAAAAAGAAUAAAAUUGGUAGUUGCAGAUUGAUUGUUUCCAUGAAGCAUGGCGUCUAAUAUGAAUCUCUCUGAGGAACAGGAGACAGAGAAACCUGACCGUUGUACAGAAGAAAAAGGAGCAGACCCACCUGAACCCAGCUGUGUGUCCAAGAAGAGUGAAGACUCAAUGACCAAAGUCCUAAACUUCAGCAACACAGACUGUACCACUGAGUUUAGUUGUAUAGAAGAAAAAGGAGCAGACCCACCUGAACCCAGCUGUGUGUCCAUGAAGAGUGAAGACUCAAUGAUCAAAGGCCUAAACUUCAACAACACAGACUGUACCACUGAGUUUAGUUUUAUUAAAGAAAAAGGAGCAGACCCACCUGAACCCAGCUGUGUGUCCAUGAAGAGUGAAGACUCAAUGAUCAAAGGCCUAAACUUCAGCCACACAGACUGUAUCACUGAGUUUAGACCCCAAAAGCAGACACUAGAUUCUACAAGUGAUUCAAAAUUGGAUUUCAUAUUUAAGGAGCUUGAGGACAAAGUCAUCGCUUUGCUUAAGGAUCAGCUGAAGAAAUUUAAGAAGUUACUUAAUCUAAGAGGGGUGGAGGAUGAGAAAGACCAGAAUAGUGUCAGCAAAGAAGCACUGACAAUCACACUGAAUGUUCUGAAGAGCAUGAACCAGAAAGACCUUGCUAACAGACUACAAAUCAGACUGACACCUGCUUGCCAACAAAACCUCAAAACUAAACUAAAGGAAAAGUUUCAGAAAAUAAAUGAAGGAAUUUCACAUCAUACAACCUCUACACUUCUAAAUGAAACCUACACCGAGCUCUAUGUGACAGAGGAUGGCAGUGAAGAGUUCAAUAAAGAACAUGAAGUGAGACAAAUAGAGACAGCCUCCAAAAGACCAUCACCAGAAACAUCCAUCAAAUGCAGUGACCUCUUUGAAAAUGAUGUCGUCAGAACUGUGCUGACUAAAGGAGUUGCUGGAAUUGGAAAAACUAUCUUUGUGCAGAAGUUCAUUCUGGAUUGGGCUGAGGGAAAAUCAAAUCACAGGGUCAACUUCAUAUUUCCACUUCCUUUUAGAGAGCUGAAUUUAAUGAGGAAUGAAUUUCUCAGUCUGGAGGAUCUUCUUCAUCAAUUUUUCCCUGACACAAAAGAGUUAAGACCACUUGACUAUGUUCACAACAAAGUCUUGUUAAUUUUUGAUGGUCUAGAUGAAAGUCAACUUCCUCUAGAUUUCCAUAACAAUGAGAGAAUAACUACUGUAACGCAGGUGGCCUCAGUGGAUGCACUGAUAACGAACCUUAUCAAGGGGAACCUGCUUCGCUCUGCUCUUCUCUGGAUAACUUCUCGACCUGCAGCAGCCAGUCAGAUUCCUCUUGAUUGUAUUGACCAGGUAACAGAGGUACAAGGGUUUAAUGAUCAUCAAAAGGAGGAGUACUUCAGGAAGAAAAUCAUUGACCAAAGCCUGGCCAACAGAAUCAUCACACACAUUAAGUCAUCAAGAAGCCUCUACAGCAUGUGUCAUAUUCCAGUCUUCUGUUGGAUUGCAGCCACUGUUCUAGAGAAGAUGCUGGGUGAUGCAGAGAUUAAGGAGAUCCUCAAAACUCUGACUCAAAUGUUUACCCACUUCCUGAUUUUUCAAAUCAAACUGAGUGGACAGAAGUACCAAGGAAAGACAGAAAUUGAUCCUGAACAGAUUAAUGAGGUUGUUUGGAAACUGGGAAAACUGGCUUUCCAUAAAUUGGAAGAAGGCAAUUUGGUCUUCUAUGAGGAAGACCUGAGGGAGUGUGGAAUUGAUGUGAAAGAAGUGUCAAUCUUCUCUGGUCUGUUCACUCAGACCUUUAGCAAGGACUGUGGAUUGCAUCUUGGGAAAGUGUUCAGCUUUGUGCACCUGAGUGUUCAGGAGUUUCUUGCUGCUUUAUAUGCAUUUUUCUCCUUCAUUAUUAACAACAAGAAUGUUCUAGAAAAAACAGGAUUGCAGCAUUCCUUUGGCAAAUCUACAGCGUCUGGUUUCUUAAAACAUGCGAUCAACAAAGCCUUAGAGUCUAAGAAUGGACAUCUAGACCUUUUCCUUCGCUUUCUUCUGGGCCUCUCAGUGAAGUCAAAUCAGACUCUCUUUCAAGGCCUACUUCCACAGUCAGCAAGCAGCUCUGAUAGCAAAGAGGCAACAAUAAAUUACAUAAAGAUGAAGAUCAGGGAGAAUGCUUCUCCUGAGAAGUCCAUUAAUCUGUUCCACUGUCUGAAUGAACUGAAUGAUCAUUCUCUAGUGCAGGAAAUCCAAAGAUUCCUUCGCACAGGUGGUUGCCAUUGUGUCAUGGACAGUAAGCUCUCUCAAGCUCAGUGGUCAGCAUUGGUGUUUGUGUUGCUGAACUCAGAAGAAAAGCUGGAUGAAAUUGAACUUUGUAAAUAUGACCCAUCAGAGGAAUGUCUUCAAAGACUGUUUCCAGUGGUCAAGGCAUCCAGAAAAGCUUUGUUGUGGUCAUGUAAUCUCACAGAGAAAAGCUGUGAAGUUCUGGCCUCAGCUCUGAGCUCAAGCCCCUCCACUCUGAGAGAACUGGACCUGACUGACAAUAAACUGCAAGAUUCAGGAGCAAUAUUUCUCUAUACUGGACUGAAGAGUUCACACUGUAAACUUGAGAUAUUGAGGCUGUGUAUAUGCAAUCUGACAGAGAGAAGCUGUGCUGAUCUGGCUUCAGCUCUCAGGUCAAACUCAAGUCUGAAAGAACUGGAUCUGAGUAAUAAUGAACUGAAUGAUUCAGGCGUGAAGGAUCUCUCUACUGGACUGGAUAAUCCACGCUGUAAACUGGAGAUUCUAAGGUUAUCUUCCUGUAACCUCACAGAUGAAAGCUGUGCAGUUUUGGCCUCAUGUCUCAACUUAAACUCUUCAUGUUUGAGAGAACUGGACAUGAGUAGUAAUAAACUGCUAGAUUCAGGCUUGCAGCUGCUCUCCACUGGACUGGAAAAUAGGCGAUGUCAACUAGAGAAACUGGGUCUGUGUAACUGCAGUAUCACAGAGGAAGGAUGUGAUGCUCUGGUUUCAGCACUGAAAUCAAACCCCUCAUUACCGCUGAGAGACCUCAACCUGAAACACAAUCUAUCAGGUGAUUCCAAACCUAAAGAACUUCUGGCCCUACAGAAGGACCCCCAAUAUAAACUGGAGACACUACUAAUUUAAGUGCAGCCUCAUCUAAACUGUUACAUCGGAGAGACAGUUACAUGAAGGAAAAUUCUAUGAACAUAGUGAACACACUCACAUUUUGAAAAUCUUGAUGCAAUAUAAACAAUUAACAACAGAUUUUACUCUGUGAUUGUAAAAAUUAUAGAAGACUUAAGAAUAUAUGUGAAUUUAUUUUAUUUGUUUAGGAAAGAUCUUUAGGAAUAUAAAGCUAGGCAUCUGUCCAAAGUGA